AUGAAAGUCAUCAUAGUCGGCGCAGGAAUCGGCGGACUGGCCUGUGCCAUUGCUUGUCGCCAGAAGCAUCUCGACGUCCUUAUCCUGGAACAAUCGGCUGAAAUUUUGCCAGUUGGCGCCGGGAUCCAAAUCCCUCCAAAUGGAGCCCGGAUCAUGCAGGAACUCGGUCUCCUGCCUCAGCUGGAGCAAAAAGGCAUGAAACCCGACUGCAUGGAUCUGCGACGAUACAAAGACGGGACGAUCAUCACCUCGAUGCCUUGCGGUGAGUCUGUGGUAAAGGAAUAUGGAGCGCCGUGGAUCGUCAUCCAUCGCGCGGACUACCACCAGAUUCUUCUCGACAAGGCUAGAGAUCUCGGAGUGGAGAUUCGCCUGGGGGCGCUCGUGGAGAAGGUCCUCGUUGACGAUACUGCAGUCACUGUGGGUCAAGAGACGAUCACCGGCGACGUGAUCAUCGGUGCCGAUGGCCUCUGGUCCAAAGUUCGCGAGGUCGUCCUCGAUGAACCUCAUUUACCUGAGGAAACCGGGGACUUAGCUUACCGCGCUACAUUUUCGAGAGCGCAGCUCUCAGCCCUGAAUGAUCCAGAGGUAAAGGCACUCUGCGAGAAACAAGGCGUGACUGCCUGGCUGGGGCCUAACAAACACGCCGUCUUCUACCCCGUUCGCGGCGGACAAGAAUAUAAUCUUGUGCUACUCCAGCCCGAUGAUCUGCCGCCGGGAGUGCGUACGACGCAUGGGGAUGUCGAUGAGAUGCGGUAUGGGUAUAGAGAGUGGGACCCAACGUUGGGGAAGAUGCUCUCCUGUAUCCCGACUGUCCUGAAGUGGAAGCUGUGUCAUUUACCCGAGUUGCCGAGGUGGACCGAGGGCUCCGUUACACUACUUGGCGAUGCAUGUCAUCCGACUCUGCCAUAUCUAGCCCAGGGCGCCGCCAUGGCAGUGGAAGAUGGCGCAGUGCUAGGAAUUCUACUUCAUCACAUAGCAUCCUCCCAAGACUACAAAUCCAAAAUCCCACAGGCACUGAAACUCUACGAAGACAUUAGAAAGUCCGCGACUGCCCGGAACGUCCAAGGCGCCAUCCGCAACCGAGGAUUGUUUCAUCUCGACGACGGCAUCUUACAACGACUGCGCGACUUGGUUCUGAGCUGGUCAGGCCUGACCCGAGAGACAGACUGGAUUGGACUGAUGGCUUCGCGACAACGAGCUGUUUUGGGUUUUGACGUCCUGCAAGUCGUAGAGCAAAGGAUGGCAGAGCUGUCCAGCUGA